AUGUUACUCAGUCUUUCUACAGUUUUUUCCAUUGGCCUCCUGGCCAUGGGCGUAGUGGCCCGUCCAAAGGCCGCUCCUCGAGGGUUUGUAACAACUUCUGGCACCAAGUUCAAAUUGGACGGCAAGGACUUCUACUUUGCAGGUAGCAAUGCAUAUUACUUCCCAUUCAAUAAUAACCAAAAGGAUGUCGAACUUGGCCUCGCAGCUGCCAAGGACGCCGGGCUGAAGGUAUUCCGCACAUGGGGAUUCAACGACAAGAACCGCACGCACGUCGACGGGGGCCUUCCAGACUACGGUGGAGAAGGAGCCGGAGACACGGAGAUUGUAUUCCAGUGGUGGGAGAAUGGCAAUUCCACCAUCAACCUCGAUCCUUUCGACAAAGUGGUCUAUGCUGCGAAGAAAACCGGCAUCAAGCUGAUUGUCGCGCUCACCAACAACUGGGCUGACUACGGAGGCAUGGAUGUCUACACGGUCAACCUGGGUGGCCGAUACCACGAUGAUUUUUAUCGCCUGCCCCAAAUAAAAGCCGCGUACAAGAGAUACGUUAAGGAGAUUGUGACCCGCUACAAGAAUUCGGACGUGAUCAUGGCCUGGGAGCUGGCCAACGAGCCUCGUUGCGGCGCCGACGGGGUACGCAACUUGCCGGCCAGUGACGAGUGCAGUCCGGAGCUCCUGACGGGAUGGAUUGACGAGAUGAGCACGUACAUCAAAAAGCUAGACCCAUACCACCUAGUCACUUGGGGCGGAGAAGGGGGCUUCAACCGUGACUCGGACGACUGGGCAUACAACGGUUCCGACGGAGGGGAUUUCGACGCUGAACUGGACCUCAAAAAUAUCGAUUUCGGAACGUUCCACUCCUAUCCCGACUGGUGGACCAAGACGGUGGCGUGGACCGACCAGUGGAUUCGGGAUCAUGCGCAAUCGAUGCGUAAGGCGAACAAGCCGGUUGUUCACGAAGAAUACGGGUGGCUUACCCCGGAUGCACGCAAGCAAAAUCUGGGAACCGUUUCGAACAUUACUCGCCUCGAGGCUGUCGGCGGAUGGCAGGGCAUAAGCGUCGAGGAGAAGAUGUCCGACAUGUUCUGGCAGUACGGAUACUCUAGCUAUUCCUAUGGGCGUAAUCAUGACGACGGCUUCACCAUCUUCCUUGACGACUCGGAAGCGAAGAAGCUUGUUUACGAGCAUGCCAAGCAGGUCAAAAAGCUGAAUCGGUGA